AUGGCAUUGGAUCAAAUUUACAGAACGAUUGACGACUUAUCGAAGAGACUUAAUUCGGAUGUUCAUCGCUCAGGAUUUACCUCUUCGUUCUUGGACUCCUGUCUCCAUGAGUACUUCAAAAGAAUAUCCCCAAGCUUUCCCGUUAUUCAUGAACAGACUUUUCAGGCGCAAAAGACCAUUCCGCCUCUAUUACUGAACAUGGUGGCUCUGGGAUCUCUCUUUGUGUGUGAAAAGGAUGCUGCUGAGAAAGGUGAAAUGCUUUGGCGAUUGGGCCACACCGCUGUUGCCACGACUUGGCAAACGUUGAUUGAAAUUCGAGGACCAUGGGAUAGCUGCGAUGGCGUGCAGCUGGCUUUGACUGCUCUAAUCGGGCAAGCAUAUGCACUACUAUCAAGCAAUACUAGCAUUCGAACAACUGCAUCGGUCUUUCACGGAUUGGGGUUCUACUGGGCUAGAACCUCAGGCAUGUACUCCGUGCGAGAUGUUUUAUCAGGUCUCCCAAGUCUUGAUCUGCCCGAGGCAGAUAAAGACGCUCUCUGGAAAACAUGGGCUGCUACCGAAGUUCAACGGAGAGCGAUAUUGGGCCACUAUGUUCUCGAUGGCCUGAUAUCGCAAGCGUCUGGCUCACCAGCUAGUGCGAGACAUCUCAUCAACAGUCUCGGUACGGCUUGUUCAGAUGCAGCUUUUGCUGCGAAGACCGCCGACGAAUGGAUAGUGGAGAUUACACGUUCAACCCAAUCACAAAUACCAAUAUGCGAGGUCUUUACGCGGAUCUUUGCGCCAAGUUAUGCCGAAAACCCCUUGCAACUCUCACAUUUAUCUAUAUUCGUCAUUAUCGAAGGGUUACAAUCGCUUAUCGCUGACCUACACGAAAUCCGGGGUCCAGUAUUUGGCACCGUAUCUCGAAGCCAGAUUAUCCAAGCAAUGCUCAAUAUACACCAGGGAAAUAUUCUGCCGGAAACUGCGUCGGAUUUUCAUCGCCUUCCUAUCCUUAUCAGGUGGCAUUGUGUCUUUAUUGAGACUACUGCCCCUUCAAUUGCAAUUUAUCGAUGGCUCUGUGCUCACUACGAGCUUCCACAAAUCCUCGGUGGAAUUCAUGCUAAGAGCCAGCUUGGGAAUCUCAAUCUUACUCAUUGGGUUGGGCAAGCCGAUGCAUUCCGUGCAGUUUUGCAUGCAAUCUCUAUCACACGUCUUCUUGAUACCCUUCCUCUCAGUCAAGUCUACAGGGCAAUGCAUAUUCCCACUGCAGUCUUCACCUCCGCAAUGAUAAUCGCUACUCUUUGUCUUUUUAAUGGACCUGUCAUUGAGAUCCCAGAAAGAUAUACUUGGUUAGACGUUUGGAAGAGUCAUCUUUCUCCAAAUGCCCAGGAAUGCUCUUCGUCGAGUCCAGGAGAUGUUUUAAGUGAUUUAGGGGUUUCGGGUCAGGGUGAUACGACGGUCAUCAACCUCCUCGAUGAACUUAACUCCUUACAGGUCAUUCUCAAAACCGUCGCAUCAAGGUGGGGUGUCUCAGCCCAGAUGGGCGAUAUCAUCGGAAGACUAGCAAUCAUUGCGCGUGAAAGCCGCCGUUGA